AUGGGGGAAGUGGAAGAAACAAAUUAUCGGGCAGGGAAUGGGCUGACCAGAAGGGUUCAGGGGGUGGGCGAGGAGCUGGAGGGGGUCACGCUUCCAUCGCCAUUUGCAGCAGAAAUGACUGAACCUGAAGCAGAUGCACUUGUGAACAACCACCGAGCCCUCUACCAGCAAGCUCUCAAGCGCCGUGAGACGAUUGCUAGCAGCGUCGGCAAGACCAAGUGUGUUCACACCCUCUCUGGUGUGCCGGUUCCUCAGAAAAAAUCCCGCGCCGCUAAGUCCGGUGGGCAGAAAGGCAAGCGGAGGAGGAAGGCUGGAGCUACUACAGGCAGUCAAGCUGACUUACCUGCUCCCGCGUCGACCGAGGAGGAGCUUGUCACAGACGGGCUCCCGGACCUCCCUCUGCCAGCAAGUUCCCAGCAGCAGCAGCAGACCGUUACGAACCUGAACCCUCUGCCCGCGGGUUCUCAGCAGCAGCUUCUCGCGAGCUCUCUCCCGAACCCUGUCAAUGCGCACUGGGUCAGACAGAAUCGCGCACUGCAGGCGCAGGUUGAAGAUCUUAAAGCAACCGUUGACAUCCUGCAGAUUUCGCAAGUUGAAGCGCAGCAGAAGCUUGCCGCCGCCGACUCUGAGUGCGAAAUCCUGCGUUCCCGACUGGGUGAGCUUGAGGCGCAACAGGCGGGCGGGGUGUCGGAGAUGUCUUCAGACGGCCCAAUUGUCAACCCGGCAAAUCUCACAAGGGACAACAAUGGCAACGUGAUUGUGAAGACAAGCCUCGAAAAGAAGGAGUUUGCGGUAAAGGCUCUCGACACUUUCACGUGGCUGAUAACAGACGCGCCAGUGGAGUGCAUGGAGUUCUUCCCAACAUUCGAAGUCUUCCAACCUCACCUCAUCACCAAGUACCAGCUGUGUGGAGUGAAUCGCGACGAGUAUUUCUACGCGACUGGCGGCAGAAUUGAGUUCGAGAAGCUGGUGAUGAAGGUCAUCAAAACGAAACGUUCAAACACCCACAAGAAGGUUCGUUUCUAUGCAUGGGGCGCGGGUGGGUUGGUGGAUGAGAGCAAGUGGCCGUUGCUGGCGGUGGAGCAGAUCAUUCCUUCUAAGAAGCGCACGGAAGAGAAGUGGCUGGAAGAAUUCAGGCACAGCCGGGGAAUGGCCAGCCUUCUCUUGGUGGUGUUCCGCUGA